AUGUCCAACUCAGUCCUAUCACCAACGAACGCGAGAACUCCAUAUCUCAGUGUCCCUCCAAGCUGGGACAAGCCAACACGGCGCCCAGUCAUAUGGAUCAACGGCUGGCCCGCGGUCGGCAAGGCGUCAGUGGCAGGCUUUAUCAAGACGCUGCUGGGAAUCUCAGAGGUGGUGCUAGUCAACGAGGACGGCGAGGAUGACCUAUCAGGCGGAUCAGCGGUCGAGCUCGACCAACAUGCCAGGUGCGCGGACGACCCAGCCGUCGAGGAGGAUCCGCUGGCCCGCGGCCGCCGCACCACCGCCAUCCGCCGGUACAUACUCAGCGAGGAGAGUCUGUGUCGAACGACCGUCUUCACAGCAUGCCAACCGCGCACCCGCAAGGGCCAGUGGAUCGCCGCCGAGUACGCCACCGCCGCCAAGUCGGUCGACAGGUUGUUCAUCCCCAUCAACCUGACAUGCAGCGAGCAGGAGAACAUCCGCCGGCUGGGCCGGCAGAGGGAGUGCUCCGUCAACCCGGAAAAGGUACUCAAGGACCCGAACCUACUGGUGGCCGUGCGCGAGGUCGGCCUCUUUGAGUUCACUGAGGAAGUCACAGACGCCACCGCGCCGCCGCAGCGACCACAGCUCUUGAGGAGCUUCCACACGACCGACUUGGUCCGUGUGGCAGACGCGGGUUCCUGCGAGCCUGAAACCUCGGCAGCCGUCGAGGCGGGAGGGUCUCCGCGGAACUGCCAAGCAAAACCAUAUCACGACAAGGAGGACCCGGCCUCGAUGAUGCUCACGCUGGACGUGUCGCGCAUGACAUCCAUGCAGGCCGGCUUCUCCAUCAUCUCACACGUGCAGGACAUGGAGGAGCGGAGAAUGUGCCGCGUCCGUGCUGCAGAGCUCAAGGAAGCCGCCUUGCAGCGCAAGGCUCAAGCGAUGGUCCAGACAAAAAAGUCAUUAUGCGAUGCUGGCGAGCUGGACUCUUACUUAUGGAUCCCAAGGCCUAGGAGUGCGCUGUCUUGA